AUGACUGAGGAGAGGCGGCAUUCUCCCCAGAGAGAUAGCCCCGAGGACAGGGGCCUGCAGCAUCCGCCCACGCCAGUGGCCGAGGUUGACGGCAGGAGCCUCCCCCUGAUGCCGGUAGUGAAGGUAGAGAAGGAGCCCGCAGCCUGUGAGCCCUCGGGGGGCCUCAGCGAGCUGGGGGAGCCGGUGGCGAAGGCUGGCGGCGGCGGGCGCAGAAGGAAGAGGCCCCUGCAGCGAGGUAAGCCCCCUUACAGCUACAUCGCGCUCAUCGCCAUGGCCAUCGCGCACGCCCCGGACAGGAAGCUGACCCUGGGAGGCAUUUACAAGUUCAUCACCGAGCGCUUCCCUUUCUACCGAGACAACCCCAAAAAGUGGCAGAACAGUAUCCGUCACAACCUCACCCUGAAUGACUGUUUUAUCAAGAUCCCCCGGGAGCCGGGCCGCCCGGGCAAAGGCAAUUACUGGGCGCUGGACCCCAACGCCGAGGACAUGUUCGAGAGCGGCAGUUUUCUGCGCCGGAGGAAGAGGUUCAAGCGCACAGACCUCUCCACUUACCCGGCUUACAUGCACGACGCGGCGGCGGCGGCCGCCGCUGCGGCCGCUGCGGGCAUGUUCCCCAGCUCCGUGCCAGUGGCGCGCCCUCCCUACCCUGGUUCCGUGUAUCCCAAUGUGGCGGCCGCCAUGAGCCCAGCGGGCUAUGGCCAGGCGCUGGGCCCCCACUCCUCCGUCUACUACCCGGCGUCGUCCCCCGGCCAAUGCCGGGUAUUCAGCAUCAACAGCCUGGUGCACGGGCCUGGAGACCUCCUGCAGCAGCAGCCUGCGCCGCCGCCCGCGCUCGGACGCCCGCUUAGCCCGGACCUCAGCCAGGCGCCCUCGGUCGCUGCAGGCUCCUGCUCCUUCGGGGCCUCAGCCGCCGCGGCCGCUGCCUCCUACAGCAACCCGGCGUGCAGCGGGGGAGGCGGAGGGGGCGGCGGAGCCGGGCCCGCGGGGAUGCUCCCUCGGCCGUCCAACCCCAUGACCUACACCUAUCCAGUUCCCAAUGGCCACCUGCCCAUGAACCACGGGUCAUAUCCUCAGGGAAACAGCGGCCAGCUGUUUGGGGCGUCCAGCCGGCUAGCAAUGUCCACCUCCCCACCGGGGGCCAACGACCCUGUGGACUUCUAUGGCCGCAUGUCCCCCGGUCAAAUCAGUUCGCUGGCGCACAGCUACAAUCCCGGUGGGCAGCUCGGGGCCGGCCCCAACGCCUACCAUGUCCGGCACUCUGCCUACUCCAGCAACGUGGAAAGGUUCGUGUCGGCCAUGUGA